AAAACAUCCAGGUACCAGAUACCACAGCACAUCUUCAGGCGUUUUGUGUAGUCCAUGCCUUGAGGGGUCAGAGCUGUUUUAGUGGCACAAGAUGGCAAAAGUAGACCACCGCUUCGGACAAAGGGAUGGCUCCGACCAGAACUUUGAUUACAUGUUCAAGCUCCUGAUUAUAGGCAACAGCAGUGUGGGCAAAACCAGCUUUUUGUUCCGAUAUGCAGACGACUCAUUCAGCAACUCGUUUGUCAGCACUGUUGGCAUUGACUUUAAAGUAAAGACGGUUUACCGCAAUGACAAGAGGGUGAAACUCCAAAUCUGGGAUACAGCUGGUCAGGAGCGUUACAGGACCAUCACUACAGCUUACUACAGAGGAGCAAUGGGCUUCAUUCUCAUGUAUGACAUAACCAAUGAGGAGUCAUUUAAUGCAGUACAGGACUGGGCAACCCAGAUUAAGACCUACUCGUGGGACAAUGCUCAGGUUAUUUUAGUGGGAAAUAAAUGUGACAUGGCUGAUGAGAGAGUGAUACCUGUAGAGAAAGGCAAGCACUUGGCUGAUCAACUAGGCUUUGAGUACUAUGAGGCGAGCGCCAAGGAAAACAUCAAUGUCAGGCAGGUGUUCGAGCGCCUGGUAGACAUCAUCUGUGUGAAGAUGUCUGAGCGAGUGGAUGCAGACCCAUCCAUGGUCAGUGGCGCCAAGACCACUCGGCUCAGUGACAAGCCGGCGCAGCUACCUCAGAAUUGCUGCUGAUUUAGCCUGUUUACUCUGCCGUCACGUGCUAGACUAUUGUGCUGAUCCUGUCUUUUCAUCUGCUUUUCAUUUCCAGACUUUUCUGUUUUGUUUAUUUGUUACAUGUAGUAGUGUUACAUAUAAAAUGCUAUAUUUUCAUGUUAAGCUCACAUCUAACUAAGGGUCAGAGUGAGGUCAAAGCAGGGACUCCAGCAAAGCACAAAAAAGCACAUGCUCACUGCCAGACACAGAUAACUUACAUGAUUAAAUCAGACCUCAAUAGGUGUAUUAUUCUAGCAUAAUUGGUGCUUUAAGGAUCACCUAACACAAUCUCUCUGCAUCUGCUUUUUAACUAUUGCUUAGUGAAGGAGCACGAGUGUGAUGUAAACUCAGACAACUGCAGAGUGGUCAUAUUAGUUAUAUAUUAUGCACAGUAAAGGUCUGUUGUUUCAGGGUGGUAUAUUUUAUUUUACUUGGCAGAACCAAUGGGCUGGUGGGUACCUAUAAAGUUAUUUCACUGCCAAAAGUUAAGAGCACAAUAGUUUCAUCAAGAUUGGACUGAGAUUCCUUUCAUUCCUGUCCAUCUUUAUUUUGUUACUUUGCUUUCAUACCAAAAUAGAUAUCCAGGCUUAACUCUGUCCUGCUUGGCUGAGUGGUGUUUAAAAAUAAAUAAAUCCCGCUCUACCAAGUAAGGACCUACAUACAGUGCUGCAGCCAUCUGUGGUUGGGAGUCUUAACAAAUUAUAAAUGAACUGCUUGUUAUCAGUUGUUGGCACCUGUGAGCACAUGUAAUGUAGGUAGAGUAGAAAAGAGCAGAUCUUGCUUUCCUCUGAUUGUGUUCAGCUGUCAUGUGACCGAAAAUGAGCAGCACUUUGAAAAGGAUGUAAUAGCUACGCCUGCCGCAGAAGAAGCUCAUGCAAGUCUUCACCCUCAUUGAUAACUAUUUUAAAAAUGGUGAAAAAGGAAAAGUAUAAAACAAUCUUAUUCUGCUUACUCUCAAACGUGAUUACUCUCACAUGGUCAGAUUUCCUUUCUGUUGUAUGCAAUUUUUUGUGCCUGUAAACUUUUAGUGGUUCUUGACAUUAAUAAUUGGCCACUCCAACUGCCCAGCAUCAGCAAUAUGGUGUUAGAAUGGAGGAGCUUAUCUUGAUUUCAUUCCAUUAAAAAGGUAGGGAAGGCCAUCAGCUGAACCCUAUUCUGAUUAGCUGAUGACUUUUGGCAGUGUUGUCGCACCAAAGGAUGAAAAAGGAAACCUAAACGGGUGAGCACAAAAAGUAUAAGUGAACCAGAUGAAUCUAACUUGUAUUAUUGUACAUUGAGAGUGGAAGUAACUUGUGUAAUCAUUGCGUGUUCUCUUAACAGCUACAAAAGAUAAUGCGCUCUCCAUUUUUGGCAAUAAAAUAACACCAUAAUGGACACAAUAUAAUGUGUGAUUUGGACAUAAGGAACACUUUGCAAAUGUUCAAUAUAUUAUGAUAUAUCAAAGGUAGAUUAGUAGUUGCAUGAAUCGAGCCAAGUAGCCUCCAGAUACUCUAACAAAAUACAAAUCAAAUCCCUACAUGUUCUCUUGUAUAAAAGUGAGUAUUUUCUUGUGGAGUAUAUAUAACUAUAUAUUUGAAUGGUGUGUGUGUGUGUGUGUGUGUGUGUGCGGGCGCGCGCGUAUGCGUGUGUGUUAAUUUACAGUAACAACACAUUAAAAAUAUCUUUAGAGAUGCCAGUAUAUGUACAUUGUAAAACUUGUGCCACAACUGAUUUAUAUUUCAGAAACGUAGCAGAUCCUUGUGGAGUUCUACAUGUGUCACAUACAUUGAGUUUUUAAUCAAGUGAUGUAAGCAUUUAUGAACAAUGUUUUAUGUAACUACUUUGAAAUUUAUUUUACAUGAAAUAUUUAUAAUUAAGAUGUUGUAAGCUAUCAAGCUGGUCUUUGCUGAGUAGAUAUUUAUUUUUAUGCUAUAACCCGAAUCUGGGGACAUAUAGAUGUACUGUAACUUUGCUGUCAGUGAUUUUUGACUGGUAGAACAAUUUGCACAAGGAUAUAGAGUGAUUGUACAGGUCGUUGUAAAGUUGGUUUUAGAUUCAAUUUCUAACAAUAAAAGUUCCACUCACACCAUAUUAAGUUGUGAAUAUCCUAUCAUGUCAUAAGAUAUACAAUGUGUGGAGAUA